AUGUUUUUCAUAUUGGCCGUGGUCAUAUUGAUGGCAUGCAUUUUAGGGUACCAAAUGAUAACAUCUGUGGUACCCAGAUUCCUUUUGGUUACGCCUCAACUCUGGCAAGAUAAGAUCCAAAAGGUGAUAGCUCAUCCUAAGAAUAUUUAUUUACAAGUUGGAGGUAAGAGAUCGUCUUACAGAAGACGGUUAACGUUGGCAUCUUGCCAGCCAUCAUUCUAUACAAACUAUGUUGGUAAUAAGAUUAUCAUUCAUCCUGACGAUAAGAAAAAUAAAGGUAACAAAUUCACUGAUGCAAUGAAGGCUCGUGGAAUCAAUGAUCCUCAUAGAAAAAUCCUUUAUGGGUUUUUCCAUCCUUAUGCUAACAAUGGCGGAGGUGGUGAGAAGGUAUUGUGGCAAGCAGUGAAAGCUACUUUAGAUGCAAGUGAUAAAAAUGUUGUGGUUAUUUAUACAGUGAGUACUGAAGUUUCACCUCUUAAAAUUUUAGGGAAAGUUGAAGAUAAGUUUGGAAUAGCUAAUAUGGAUUCAAAGAGAGUGGUUUUCAUUUAUCUUCGUAGAUUCAACAAACUCAUUGAUAGUGAAUAUUGGAAACAUUUCACAUUACUUGGACAAUUUUUUGGUUCAUUAUUAUUGGGUGGAGAGGCUUUAUUUGAAUUAACACCUGAUGUAUGGAUUGAUACUAUUGGUUUGCCAGGUGCCAAUUGGCUCCCUAGUGUUGCAUUGAACAUCCCAAUUGUUAAUUAUGUUCAUUAUCCAGUGAUUCAACCUGAAAUGUUUACUAAAUUGAAGUUUGGCUCCUUUAAAGAUUUGACUAAUUUUAAGCCAUUGAUCAUAAAGGAUUGGUUUCAAAUGGGAAAACUUAUUUAUUGGAAACUCAUGUAUUUUGUUUACCAAUAUUUGGGAUCAACUGUUCACCUUACUUUGACCAAUGGAACUUGGACGCUUCAACAUAUGCAAAAUAUUUGGUACUAUAAUAAGUACUUGACUUCACAUACAAUUGAUAUGUUGUAUCCUCCUUGUGGAACUGAAAGCUUGAUAACAGAAUCGACGACAGCAGUCACAAGAGAUAACAACAGUUUACUCUAUAUUGCCCAAUUCAGACCCGAAAAAAGACAUGAUUUGAUUAUCGAUCAGUAUAAGAUCUUUCUAGGCAAAGCCAUUAGCUCCAAAGCCAAGGUUUCACAGAUUCCUAAAGUAAUAUUUGCAGGAUCGUGUAGAACAGAGGAUGAUACAGCUACAUUGGACCUUUUGAAGACUAAAGUUGAUGAGUUGGAAUUGAAUGAAUAUUUUGAAUUUGUGGUUGAUGCUCCAUAUCUGAAAAUCUUAUCACUAUUAUCGACUUCCAGCUACGGAUUAAAUUCUAUGUGGAAUGAACAUUUUGGUAUUGGUGUGGUUGAAUACAUGGCCAAGGGAGUAAUUCCUAUUGUACAUGCAUCUGCAGGACCGUUAUUGGAUAUUGUCACUGGCUCCAAAACCGAUGCAAAUAUUGCUUGGAAAAAUAGUAGUGGGUUUUUCUUUAAGAGUGAAACUGAUCCUGAUUUCCAAUUAGAUAUUCAAAAAGAUGCAUCUGAAGGCUAUAUAACUUAUCCAGACGGAUCAUAUCCGGUGUUGCUGAAACUAUUAUAUGAGAUAUUUGUUAAUUACCCACUUACAGCUCAGCAGAUUAGCGAUAUGAGACUGAGCUGUGUUGAAGCUGUGGGUGAGAAGUUUAGCAAUAAGCAAUUCCUGACCUUAUGGGCUGCCUGUAUGAAUGUAGCUGAGGUCCUCGAAAGACGGUUUAGAGAUGACCGUGCGCCAGUCGAAGCAGUUUACUAA